AAGAACAAAAGAAGAACACGUUGCAGCGGAAGUACAGGAAGUACUUCCAGCAGACGUGAAAUUCAACCAGCUAAGAAGAACUAAUUUAGAAUGUUUUCUGCACAUAUCCUGCGAACAUUACGACCCUGGAUUAUCUCUCGGUCGUUCGCAAACCUGAACGUUACGGCCGCGCGACAUGUUGCGCCGAUUACCCAGACUUGCUUCAGAGUGACGAGCAGGAGCCAGCUACCUGCUGCCAGGAGGUCAUUCCUCCAGACACACAGCAAGGUGCAGUCUCAAUAUCCAUCCAUCCGUUGUCUCUCCACGACAGUCAGCUCCGAGGAUGGGAACCUUAUUUACAGUGGCAACCUGGCUAAUGCUGUUCGAGGUGUAAAGCUGUUUUCUUAUAGUACCAGUGGAUUUAGCCUCCUCGUCAUGCCCCAGAUCCUCCUGAAGACUGGUUUAGGAGUCCAGGGCUUUGCCAUUCAGGCUGCUUAUUGUGGAAUCAUUGGAGUGUUCACCUUCCUCAUCCCCGUCCUCCUCCAUAUUCUGACCAAGGGCUACGUGAUCCGCCUGUACCACAACCCAGAAAAAGACACCUACACUGCUAUCACAUAUAGUGUCUUCCUCACUGAAAAAAAGAACGUGUUCCACCAGAGGCAGGUCAGGAUCCCAGACAUCAGCAAGAUGUUCACCACCUUCUAUGCUGACCACAUUGGGCUACUAGUGAACCCAGACAUGUUCCCCAUCCCACAUGACUACAACCAUCUGAUGGGUUAUGACAAGCCCUUCAGGUUUGACGCAGACGACAUUAACAGACCUGAUGAGAGCUGAAGGACUGACUGCAAAGAAGGUUGAUGUGCUGUUACUAUGACUUGCAUCCAAAACUCAAACUGUACAGUCCAUUUUACUUCUACCAGGGUGGAUUAUCCACAGAGGAUUGGCAACCAAAAUAUUUUCUCAAAUACGUUAUAAGGUUUAUUGUCAAUAUAAAUAUCAUGUUAAUAAAUUAUCAUAUUUCCUUGGA